UCACGUAAUAAAUCGGAGCGCGGAUUGCAGAUGCAUCUCAGUGCAUCAUCAUCUUGUUCCUCACGAACGUACUUCUUGUCCCACGUGGAACGUGGUAAAUCGAAAUGACGUUGUGCGUCGGCGAAUUGAGGAUAUUAUGGUUGUUGCUGACAUUUACAAUCCUUCUCGAUGCAUCGCCAGCGGUCAGAAAGGUUAGCAAGGCUCCAGCCAAUUUUCGGUACACCAAAGAUCUAAAUGCAGAGGCCACGGGACACGGAGAUAUAUUUUUAUUGAGAAAGGGUUAUAAGGUUUUUCACGAAUUCGAGAAAAGCGACAAGGGCCAUCACGACGAGGAAAAGCACAAGCAGGAAUACAAUGAAGCAAAUGGUGAGGAGAAGAAGAAGCUCGAAGAAGUUGGCCAUUAUGGUGAAGAGCACCAUGGUGAAGAGGGUGAGAAGAAUGCAAAAUUUGGCGAAGAAGGCAAGCAUCAAAAAGGAUACAGUACGAAAGGAGAACAUAGCGUUUUCAAAAAGGAUGAAUACGAGAAAAAGCACGAUUUUUAUGAUGAGUACCAUGAAGAUGGAGGAAGCGAGAAGCACGGUGGCUGGCAUGAAGAACACGAAGGCAAGAAGGGUGGCCAUGAAAAGAAAGGCUAUCUACACGCCGGACACCACGAGGGUCAUCACGGCGCGGAGAAGAAACAUGAGGGAGGUCACCACCAUCACGGGAAGAAAGGUCACAAAUCUGCAGAGGGACACGACAGCCAUCACGAACAUGACGAGAAGUAUGGCCAUAAAAAGGGACACGCAUCAGGGCAUAAAUGGUCGAAAGCAAACCAUCACUAACGAGAUACCACAGAACUUAUUACAUCAAAUGCGGUUUACUUAUAUUCAUUUUGUCAUGAAUUUUGUGGACAGACU